AUGGCAGAGAUGCUCUCAACUUUCCGCUGCGUCCUUCUCACCGACAAAUAUGUUGGCAUAUCUGCAUGGGAGAGCUUCAUGGUCGACUGUUUCAAGAUCCUGGUUGAGACGUACAACCUCAUCAUCCUCCAUCCACUCAAGAACCACUUCAACAAAAGUGGGACCAUGAUACUUGGCCAAGCUAUCUAUUCAUCGUGGAACAUUGAUGGGCUCACACUGUUGCUCGUUUCGCUGACACUGGCAGACACCGCAUGGACGCACAAGCUUCCUGCUGCAGAGGUGGACAUGUUCUGGCAGCAGGUCAUCAAUGUUCUCGACUUCGCAGACAAGAGCAGCAAGAUGGCGCAGUAUUUGUCCUCGACAAAACUGGACAUCCUCAUCCAUAUUCUCUAUCCUUUCCUUACCUAUCGCCGCCUGUUUGACAACAUCUGCAUUGACCUAUACAGCGUUCUUUUCGAACUCUAUAUUCCUACUGAUAAGCAAUCUCGCACGUAUCUGGUGACCAACUUCCCUCUUAUCAACGACUUGCGAUGGUUUAACCUGUUCGUGUAG